AUGUAUUUACUUCGGCAUGCUCUGAAUAGAAGAUUUUCAAGUUUAAGAUCAACAGGGCACAAUAUCAGACCCAAAAACUGUCAUCGCAGAUUUAAGUUUGCUGCUUUCAGUGCGAUAUCUGGUUCACUAGGCGCUUUGACUUAUCUCCUCUAUAACCAAUAUAGCUCGCUUGGGAACAAUGAGCUUUCCCAGGGUCACUUUACUUCUUACCGUAUUUCAAACAAGCACAUCAUUGAUGAGAAUCACUUCUUAAUGGAGCUGACGCCAUUAAUUGAUCAGAAGAUAAAUUUAUGGAAGUUACUUGGUUCGGAAAAAAUGUGGUCCGUGCAAGUCAAACAACCACAGAUCAUGGUUGUCCGUAACUACACUCCUUUGCCAUUGAUUUUUAACAAGGCUACUGGUGCUAUUGAACUGCUGAAAGAUGGGCAAUUUGCUGGUGGGAAGUUAUUGUUCUAUCUCAAAAGUUAUGAACAUGGCGAAGUUGCGAGAUGGUUGCAACAAAUGCAAGAGAACGAAAUUGUUGAGCUUAGAGGACCUUAUAUUGAGUACGAAUUGCCCAAGCUUGAACGGGAAUCAAAGAGGAGUAGAGACUUUCUACUCACUGCAAUAGACGAGGAGAUUCAAGAAGAAAAGUACAAAUUUCAGCCAUUCGACAUAGCAAUGUACACUGCCGGGACAGGCAUAGUGACUGCUUUGCAAUUGAUGCUUACAGAGUCGCCUUUCAGGGGAACAAUCGAUCUUUUUCAUUCAUGCAAGGACUUCACUGAGCUAGGACCCCUGAUGCCGCUAAUCCUGAAACUGGAGAGAUAUAAAAGACUGCGGUUGCAUCUUUUUGAAUCGUCUCAUGAACCGUCUCGUGAAUUGCGUCUUACGAGGAUGCUGAAAGAAACAUCAACUCCAUUUCCAUACCAAGGAUCAGUGGUUUUUAGGGAAAUGACAUACAAUAAUGUCAGACCUGUUCUUGCCUUAGUCUGCGGACCCGAUAGCUUUAUAUCGUCUAUCGCGAGCCCCAAACUAUCUCCAUAUCAAGGUCCAGUAGGCGGAAUCCUUGAAAAGAAAGGUUGGACUAGUGAUAAUCUUUUCAAACUUUCAUAG